CUCGAGAUUAACCUUGUCCAUUGCCUUUCCUUAAACCCAACCUGGUUUCCCUAAACCUAAAGGACCAAAGCACUGGUUCUGUGUUUCUAACCCAAUUCCUCAAUCUGAAAUGAUGGUGUGUUGAGGAGCUGAGGGAGAAGUAGAGAGAGAGAUAAAGGGAUAUGGAGAUAGAGUUGGAGCCGAGGGUGAAGACCCUGUCCUACAAAAUCAAGGCCUCCUCCCGGGAAUCCCCCUCCCAGAAGGCCAUUCACGUCCUCGACACUGACCUUCGAACUCACUGGUCCACUUCCACCAACACCAAGGAGUGGAUCCUCCUCGAGCUCGACGAACCUUGCCUACUAUCACACAUACGGAUAUAUAAUAAGUCUGUUCUUGAAUGGGAAAUUGCAGUUGGCUUGCGGUACAAGCCAGAGACAUUUGUAAAAGUUCGCCCACGCUGUGAAGCCCCUCGACGUGACAUGAUCUACCCUGUGAAUUACACUCCAUGCCGCUAUGUGCGAAUAUCUUGUUUGCGGGGAAAUCCCAUAUCUAUUUUCUUCAUUCAGCUAAUAGGAAUUUCAGUGACUGGCCUUGAACCGGAGUUUCAACCUGUUGUUAGUCAUUUGCUGCCACAAAUUAUUUCAAACAAACAAGAUGCUAAUGAUAUGCAUCUUCAGUUGCUUCAAGAUAUAACAAAUCGGUUGCUUGUGUUCCUUCCCCAACUUGAGGGAGAUCUUACCAGUUUUCCGGAUGCUCCAGAGCCUAGUAUACGUUUCCUUGCUAUGCUUGCUGGUCCAUUUUAUCCGAUUCUGCACAUUGCGAAUGAAAGAGAAACUGCGAGGGCUUUGGGCAAUAUUUCAGACUCUGAAGCAUCUAAGAACUGUCAACCAACAUCGGCUUUAACUGUUUCCUCUAAUUUUGAGCCUAGAAGAUCACGUAGCACAUCACCUUUUGUCUUACCCACAUCCAGUGCUGUAGUGUUUCGUCCAGAUGCGAUUUUUGUCCUGCUGAGAAAGGCAUAUAAGGAUUCAGAUCUGGGAACUGUUUGUAGAAUGGCUUCUAGAAUUCUGCAGAAGCUCACAGAGCCUGCAGCAGUGCCAGAAGCAUCAAUACCCUCCACUGAAACCACAUCUUCUGUUUUGGAUGAGACACCAAAAACUGAAUUAUCUAAUCUUGUCCUUUUAGUUGAUUACUCAAACUUGUUUGGAGAAGAUUUCCAGAUACCUGAUGAUCACUGGGACUUGAGCUAUCUUAAUAUCUUGGAUAUAGGGGCAGUUGAAGAAGGGAUUUUACAUGUUCUUUUUGCUUGUGCAGCUCAGCCUCACUUGUGCAGUAAAUUGGCAGAUGAUACUUCUGACUUUUGGUCUACGCUACCGCUUGUACAAGCAUUGCUGCCAGCACUUCGUCCCUCUGUGAUCAGUCCUCCAGAUCUCAUUGAUUAUAAUUUUUCUCAAUGGAAACAACCUUUUGUGCAGCAAGCCCUGUCUCAGAUAGUAGCAACGUCAUCUUCAGCAUUGUACCAUUCACUUCUGCAUGCCUGUGCUGGCUAUUUAUCGUCAUUUUCCCCAUCACAUGCAAAGGCUGCAUGUGUCCUGAUUGAUCUAUGUGCUAGCGCACUAGCACCCUGGUUGACUCAGGUGAUUGCAAAGACUUCCUCCUUUGGUCUGAUUCUGAGACAGGUUGAUCUAGCUGUGGAGCUUUUGGAAGACCUUUUAGGCACAAUCCAGGGUGCUCGCCAUUCCUUGGCUCAUGCUCGUGCUGCCCUCAAAUAUAUUGUGCUGGCUCUGUCUGGACAUAUGGAUGACAUAUUAGCAAGAUAUAAAGAAGCGAAGCAUAAAAUUCUCUUUCUUCUGGAGAUGUUGGAGCCUUUUCUUGAUCCUGCUUUAACUGCCUUGAAGAAUACAAUAGCCUUUGGGGAUGUAGCUCCAAUUUUUAUGGAAAAGCAGGAAUACGCAUGUACGGUUGCCCUCAAUGUCAUUCGUAUGGCAGUACGAAAGCCUUCUGUUCUUCCUUCAUUGGAAUCUGAGUGGAGGCGUGGAACAGUUGCUCCUAGUGUACUUCUCUCAAUCUUGGACCCUCACAUGCAGUUACCUCCUGAAAUUGACCUUUGCAAGUUUCCUAUUUCUAAAACCCAGGAGCAAGAAUCUUUGAAAUCCAAUAGCCAAGAUGAUUCUGAUGGAAAGAUUGAUGUUUCUGAUGUAGCUAUGAAGAUGGAUACUUUUGAAGAUGUCAGUCUUUUUUUUGCCCCCACAGAACUAAAAAGCAUUGCACUGACAAAUGUUUCUAGCAGUCUGAAUAAAAAUAUCUCUGAGUCUAGCCCUGGUGAUGGCACCACAGAAGAGAAACAUGUGACUGAGAAAAAUUUGACUAAGAUAUGUCAGAAUAGCUUACUAUUGGAUGCUGCGUUCCCUGUUGAAUAUGUUAACUUGCAAGCAGAUUAUAUGCAACUUAUGAAUUAUCGGGAUUGUGAGCUUAGAGCCUCGGAGUUUCGACGUUUGGCUUUAGAUUUACACACUCAGCACGAGAUUAGUCCUGAGGGUCAUGAUGCUGCUAUAGAUGCUUUGCUCUUAGCAGCAGAGUGCUAUGUCAAUCCGUUUAUGUCAUCUUUUAGGGCCAGUUCAAAGGUUAUCAAUCAGAGCACUGGAACCAGAAUUCCACAAAACUGUGACAUUUCAGAGCUAAGAAAGGUUUUUGAGAAGAACUCCAGUGACUUGGAAAAAGUGACUCAUCUUGAGAACAAAAGAGACAAAGUUGUUCUUCAGAUACUGCUUGAGGCUGCUAAAUUAGACAGGAAGUAUAAGAAGAAGAUGUCAGAUGAGGAACAUUAUCUAUACUAUCCUGAGGAACAUGAUGAUCAGGUCAUAAAUUUGUCUUUGCUUGAUAUAGAAUCUGCCGAUGCCGUCACCUUGGUUCGGCAGAAUCAAGCUUUACUUUGCAAUUUCUUGAUUCAGCGAUUGCGAAGGGAGCAACACUCGAUGCAUGAAAUUCUGAUGCAAAGUACUCUGUUCUUGUUGCACUCAGCGACUAAGCUAUUCUGCCCUCCUGAACAUGUCAUUGAUAUCAUAUUAGGAUCUGCUGAAUAUCUUAAUGGGGUGCUAACGUCUUUUUAUUAUCAGUUAAAAGAAGGUAAUUUGCGGUUGGAUCCAGAAAAGUUAUAUGGGGUACAGCGCCGCUGGCUGCUUCUUCAAAAGUUGGUAAUUGCUUCAAGCGGUGGUGAUGAAGAGCUGGACUUUGCCAAUAAUACUAACAAUUGUUUUCAAUAUAGGAAUUUGAUUCCACCUUCAGCCUGGAUGCUGAGAAUACCUACAUUUUCUACAUCUCCUUCUCCCCUUUUACGGUUUCUGGGUUGGAUGGCAGUAUCUCGUAAUGCCAAACAGUAUAUGAGGGAGCGACUUUUCCUUGCUUCAGAUUUGCCACAGCUGACAAAUUUACUAUCAAUUUUUGCUGAUGAACUUGCACUGGUGGACAAUGUUGUCAAGCAAAAUGAUGAUGCUGUGAAGAUUCAACAAUCAGGUGUCAGAGAAGAACCUCAGACCAUUAAAGGGUUUGAAAAUACUGGUCAACCAGAUGGUGACAAAUCUUUUCAAGUCAUCUAUCCUGAUCUCAGUAAGUUUUUCCCUAAUAUGAAAAAACAAUUUGAAGCUUUUGGAGAAAUUAUUUUGGAGGCUGUUGGAUUGCAGUUGAGAUCUCUUUCUUAUAGUGUUGUGCCCGAUAUAUUGUGUUGGUUUUCUGAUUUGUGUUCAUGGCCAUUUCUUCAAAAGGACCAGCUUUCUACACGAAAGCAUUUGGAUCAAUUGAAAGGCUAUGUAGCAAAGAAUGCCAAAGCAAUCAUUCUAUACAUACUUGAAGCCAUUGUGACUGAGCACAUGGAAGCAAUGGUGCCUGAGAUACCUAGAGUGGUUCAAGUGCUGGUGUCACUGUGUAAAACAUCAUACUGCGAUGUGUCAUUUCUUGACUCUAUAUUGCAUUUGUUGAAGCCAAUCAUCUCAUAUUCUUUGAGUAAGGUGUCUGAUGAAGAAAAACUAUUGAUUGAUGACUUAUGUCUUAAUUUUGAAUCGUUAUGCUUUGAUGAGCUUUUCAACAAUAUUAGACACAAAAAUGAUAAUCGAGAAUGUCCUACAGAAACAGUGCACAGCAGAGCACUGACAAUUUUUAUUUUGGCUUCUGUCUUUCCUGAUUUAUCUUUUCAACGUAAAAGGGAAAUUUUAGAGUCCUUGAUCCUGUGGGCUGAUUUUGCUGUUUAUGAACCAAGUUCUUCUUUCCAUAACUACCUCUGUGCAUUUCGGUGUGUUAUGGAAAGCUGUAAAGUUUUGUUAGUUCGAACUUUAAGAGUCUUUGGGAUUAUUCCGCUUCAGAUGACUUCCUUUUCUGAUGUGAGCACUGGUACACCUUGUGAUGGUUGCUCAAAAUCAUAUUUAUGGUUUCUUAAUGAUGUUUGCCAUGACUCUUGUCCAAUGGGGGAUACUGAGAAUCUAGAAAGUGACAAGUCUGAUGCUGUUAGCUUGGGUCAAAAGGUCUAUCAUUUAUCUGCUGAGGAAAUAACAAAUUUUGCUCAAGACUUAGAAGGGCUUAUUUGCAAGCUUAGUCCAACUGUUGAACUCUGUUGGAAGCUCCAUCCCCAGCUAGCAAAGAAGCUGACUGUUACAUCAGCACAGUGCUUUAUGUACUCAAGGUGCUUAUCUUCAUUUGUGAAAAGGGUUGAUAAUGCUAGAGAGGAUGACAAUGAAAAUGUUUUUCCACCGAACUCAGUUGACCAGUUCUUAAUUCAUUCAAGGAUUGGUCUUGAAGGGCUUUCUGGAAUCAUUAUGAUGCUCCAAGAAAACCAUUGCUGGGAAGUUGCAUCUAUGAUACUUGAUUGUCUACUAGGAGUGCCUAAAUGUUUUUCCCUGGAUGAUGUCAUUGGUACUAUUUGUUCUGCAAUCAGGAAUUUCUCUUGUAGUGCACCAAAAAUUUCUUGGCGGUUGCAGACGGAUAAAUGGUUGUCAAUGUUAUUCUCUAGAGGUGCAUAUAGGCUUCAUGAAAGUGAGCUUCCUCUAGUUGGCCUGUUCUGUUCAAUGCUGAGUCAUCCUGAACCUGAGCAACGGUUUAUUUCACUUCAGCAUUUGGGGAGAUUUGUAGGCCAAGAUUUGAAUGGUGAAGGAAUGAUAUUAUCUCCUACAUUUGCAAUAAAUUAGUUUCAACUGGCUCAGUAAUUUCUGU